UCUAAAUAAAACAUUUUUCAGAAAAAAAAAAUAUAUAAGCUUUUUGUGGUGCGGCCCGGUGGUUGGGGACCACCGGUCUACAGGUCUAGAAGGAAUUGAGUGGAGUACUUUGAUUUCUUCUACUGUGGUAGAAAUGUAACUACAGGCAUUAGGCGCCAGGCCUAUAGGCUACCAGGCAUAGCGCAGCCUGAAAAACAUAGAAAUAGAAGUGUUGGGUGUGCACCCUUUUUUCAAACUUGCGUUUGGGAAAACCGGACGACCGGACGAAACCCUGUCAAUGUGCGUGUUGGGUAUGCACCUUUUUUUCAAACUUGCGUUUGGGAAAACCGGACGACCGGACAAAACCCUGUGACGAAACCCUAUUUUCCUUUCUUUUGUUUCUUCAGUUCCGCCUUUUCUCUUUUCUCCUUUUCUUCCCUCUCUUUCUUCUGCCUCUUCAGCAGGUCAUUUUCUGCCUCCUGACGUUCCUUCAUUUGCUUCUUCAGCAUCUUUUCUUUCUCCUUCUCUAACUUCUUCUCCUCCUUUCUCAUCUGCGCCUUUUCCUUGUCAGUUUUUUGGGCGAACGCCUGAAGGUGGAGGUUCCAAACAUGGAGGUUAUCUUUCUGUUGUGUCAGGAGCCUGAUAUUUUCCUCCAAUUGGUUCACUUUGAGACGCAACUCCUUUUCCAUCUCUCUGCUCAGUCUGGCACUCUCCUGCCCUCUCUGGAAGUGCUCCUCCUGUAGUGCAUGGAAGGUGUGGCUGUGUUGAUCCAGAGUCGCAGAUUUGAUUUUACGCUCUGCCUCGCUGCGGAUGAUCUCGAUUUCUUUCUCCUUCAUCUCCAAGGCGAAUUUGAUAUCAGUAAUCUCCUUCUCCGAGGCCUCCUUACUGAGUCUCUGCAAGUCAAGUCCCCUGGCCUCCUUUGCGGAAAACUCACGUCUCAUUUGAUCUUCCAGAGCCAUGAGUUUUAUUUUCCACUCGGCCUCCACCAGGAUCAUCUCGCUUUCUUGCCGUUUCUGCUUGGCCUCGCUCCAGUUCUGUUCUUCAAGAGAUUUCUUUUCACUGGUUGUGUUAGUGAUUAGAUUGUCCUUUUCCAGGGUGAUCUGGCUUUUCUGUCUGUCAAAGUCGUCUUGCAGAGUUUGGAUCCUUGCAGAAUGCUCCUCCUCUCUUACAAGCCAUCGUUUUUUCCACGCGGAGUCCAAGUUAACAAUAUCAACUUUGUUCAUGGAACAUUUGAUAUUAUUCUCUUUAAUCCAGUUCUCUUUGUACUUCUCAUUCUGCGCUAUCAAGGACUCAAUGGCACUGUUGAAUUUAUUUUUCUCUUCAAGCAGAGUUUGACAAAGAGAGCUGGUCAGUUCCUCCUUCUCUUUCUCAAAGGCUUUCCUGUCAGCCUCUGCUUGUUUUGUGAUGGAUCUCUCUGACUGUAGAGCCUUCAUUAUUUUGGCCUUUUCCUGCUCCCAACUGACCUCCUUGGUGACCAUCUGCUCCUUCAAGACAGUGUUUUCCAAGUAGAGCUCGCUGGCUUGUUUUUCGAUGACCGAUAUGGUUUUUAACAAGCCCUCAGGCUCUCUGCUGGGACUUUGCUGGUCCAGCACUGGUGGGGCUAGGCAGCCCUUGUUUGCAGGUCCACUAGGAGGGCUGACCCCCUGUUCCAUCCUCUUCUCAAGGGCCUUCUUUUCAGCCAGUAUUUGUUUCCUGAUGCAUCUCUCUGCACGUAAAGCCUUCAUUAUUUUAGCUUUUUCCUGCUCCCAACCGAGCUCCUUGAUUGCAAAUUGCUUCUUCAAAUCAGCAUUUGCUGAUGCCAGCUCAACUUCUUGUUGGACGUCCAAAAGGAUUUUUUUCGGGUCCUGCAUUCUAACAAAGUGGUAGUAUUCGAUAAUGAUAGAAUAACAACGUUUCUGUGAAUUUGUGUCUUUGUAUGAGUAGCUGUCCCUCUGUUCUCACAAGCUGUGUCCCUGGGUGGCUGUCAGAUACAAGUGGCAGUUAGAACUGAAUUCUAACCAAACAUUCUAUUUCUAGAUUCCAGACUGGUGUCACUGAAUGUCAUAUCUUAGAUGAAAGGGUUAGAAUGCGAUGAUGUCGUGGACCGUGAUGUCAGAAUGAGGUCACACAGGAAUGUACAGGCUCAAUUACCGAUGUUGUUGUGGCUGCAGGGAAUCACUUAUUGCCGUCUAUUGAUCACAUUCUAAUUUGUACUUUUUACACAAGGAGCCUACUGUACAACUUUAUUUUACAGUAACACGAUCUAUACUUACAAAACACAUACAAAACACAAAACAAUCUCAUAAAAUAAAACAUUAUGCAUCACUCUCUUUAAAAUUACUAAACACAUGAGUAUUCAGAAGUAUCACAGUUAGCAGAUAACACACCGCUCUACAGCUUUAUUCGUUUCCAAGAUGAUUAAAAUGGUUUUCUGAGAGAAGUUUGUGCCACAUUUUAAAUUGAAAUAAGUUUUUUAUCAAUUCUAGAGAUAAAAAGCGGAUGAAUGCCAAGCAAAGGUCAUUAUGAAUUACCAUUGGAAAAGACGGAAGGUGCAUUCAUAUUGAAGAAAGAAUUUUCUAUUUUUUUAUUUUCUAUUUUUUCUAAAUGGAAGGACACGGAUGAUGGAGAGAGCUGCGGUGUCGAGGAGGUCGACUCUUCAUCACAGGAGAACAUGCAUUCAGAGAUCUGAAAUAUAUAGUUUGGUUCAAGGCGGUUGAUACAUAAUACUGGAAUUAUCCGGCAGUGGAAUAAGCAGCAGCUUUCAGAGUGUGUUCUUGGUAACGAGGUCACAUGAAAGUCUGUAUCGAGUCCAAGCAGCAUUUGUACUUUGAAGGCCGUUUUUCUCAGAAGUUCCACUUUUAUUUUUUGGUGGGGGGGGGACACUUUUAAGAACUACCAGCCAUUUUGUUCUUUGAAAUCAAAUUUGGCAACAAAAGACUCUGGAAAAUUGGUUUAAGUCAUGUUUGGAGAAGCAUAUUUUCAUCUCUGUUAUCUAAUGCUUUGAUACGGAAAAACUGAAUUAGCAUUUAUAUUAGAAAAUGAUUUUGAGCCUAAUUGGCAUCUGCGCAAACAACAAAUAAGGACCUUUAACAAAGUAUCGAUUUUUGACAUUUUGAACACAAAAAACACACAUUUUGACCUUUUAAGAGACCUCUGAAGGUCACUAAUAUGAUGGUGGUGCUUUUACUCUUUCACUUUAUUUACCGAUUAUCUAUUUUAAAAUGUUUUACAAUGACAAACACAAAAUAUGUAAUAAUAUACAUCGUUGUAAAGAAUUACACAAAUGUAACUGACGCAGAAGGACAACAGUAAUCAGGGGCCGUCACCCCCACUCGCCCUAAACAGCAAACAAUCGAUUUGCAGGGGACAUCAGCGGCCUGAGGAAUGUGUUUAUGUGGAUUGACAUUGUUUUUACACAAAGAAUGAUGAGACUUAUAUAGUGAAUACUGUUGUGAGAACAGCGACCACCUGAAGAUGUCCUCUUCCAAUGCAACUGUCUCUAAAAACAAGAUCAUAUUUUACUGUAAUGGGCCCUUUGAUAAUUUACAAAUCCAGCAUACCUCUUUUCAGCCACUUCCACUGAUGCACACUGUGAUACCUCCCAAUCACAUCCAGGGAAAUCCUGGUGUAACUCCGGACUCUGCAGAACAUUUGUGAAAAUCUGUACCACUCGCCCCCCCCCUCCACACUGCUAUUGAUCUGUCGCGCGCAAAAUGCCGCGCGCCGCAGCGGGAGGUCCCAUCGCUUAUAAAGUCGCUGCAGGACGCAGCGGGCUCUCCUGGUGAAACCACCCCGUCCCUCCCUGCCGAACCUCGCCCUCGUUAUGAGCCCGGAGGACAGCGCGGCUCCGGUCCUCAACGUGUCCACAGAGGAGCCUCGGCACUACAACAUCUGGCUCCCCGGCAUCCCGGUCGCCGCCGUCUACGGGAUCGUCAUCGUCGUGGGUCUGGUGGGGAACGUCACGCUGAUGAGGACGUGUCUGACGGUGAAGUCCAUGCGGACGGUGCCCAACUUGUUCCUGUCCAGUCUGGCUCUGGGGGACGUGCUGCUGCUGGUCACCUGCGCCCCGGUGGACGCGAGCCGCUACCUGGUGGACGAGUGGCUGUUCGGCCGCGUGGGGUGCAAGUUGAUCCCGUUCAUCCAGCUCACCUCGGUGGGAGUCUCCGUGUUCACCCUCACUGCGCUCUCCGCGGACCGGUACAAAGCCAUCGUCCGACCUUUGGACAUCCAGCAGUCCAGCGCUACGCUCGGCUUCUGUCUUCGAGUGGGCGCCAUCUGGCUGCUCUCUGUGACUCUGGCCAUUCCCGAGGCCGUCUUCUCCGACCUGCACACCUUCACCACCAGCUACAGCAAUGAGACGUUUGUGACCUGUGCGCCUUACCCCCACGCCGGGGAGAUGCACCCCAAAAUCCACUCCACCGCCUCCUUCUUCGUCUUCUACGUCAUCCCGCUCCUGGUCAUAUCUGUCUAUUACUUCUUCAUCGCUCGCAGUCUGAUCAGGAGCUCGGUGGACGUCCCUGCUGAAGGACACCUUCAUCUCCAGAAACAGAUCAAGUCCAGAAAGCGUCUGGCCAAAACCGUGCUGGUCUUUGUGGGUUUGUUUGCCGUCUGCUGGCUGCCGAGUCACGUGAUCUACCUGUACCGCUCCUACCACUACGGCCAGGUGGACACCUCGCUGGGCCACUUCGUCGCCAGCGUCUGCGCCCGCGUGCUGGCCUUCGCCAACUCCUGCGUGAACCCCUUCGCCCUCUACCUGAUGAGCAAGCGCUUCAGCAAACACUUCAACCAGCAGCUGGCGUGCUGCACUUCUCCCAGACGCCUGUACAGCCAAAGCAGCGGCAGCACAAACAUAACCACCGUCUGACGCCAUCCGCGCGUUGCACGGACCUGAUGGCGGCCCACGCUUCAGCACGUGACCUUGUUUCACGCAUGUUUACCUCUGAUUUGGGCAUUUGAAAUGGAAACUGUUGUAAUCAUUUGGCCUUGAAUGUCUUAAUAGUUUAUUUAUCUUUCUGUUUUCAUUAGAAAGUCACAACAGAAAAGUGGCCACAAAAUGACGAGCUUGAUAAAACACAAUGUUCAAUGUUGUUAACUGCUGCUUCGUAGAAGUGUUGACCUCCUACAAAUUGUUUGUCAAAUGUUAAAUCACUACAAUUGUCAAAUGUCACAUUUUGUACGGAGAGAUGGUUCUGUUGAAUUAUAUUUGUGAGUUGAUUGUGUGUUGGUUGGCUAUUCUUAUUUAUGGAUAAAAUAAUUUGGUCAUUUAUAUGUUUUUCAAUGUGCAAUAUAGACCACAAGCAGAUCUUUUUUGCAAUAGUGAGUGAAAUAUUAUUUUUUCACAGUGAAAGGAAAAAGAUGAAAGAAGAAUAUUCACACACUGUGGAUAUUUUGCAUUUUUAGUCAUGCGUAGCUGCCGGCCGUCCACAUCUCAAAAGCUCUUGGACGUAUUGCCAUGAGAUCUGAAAGCGGUGGAUUACUCAAACUGUCAUUGAUUCAUUUUGUGACGACUAAUGGUUUAAGCUUGAGUGACGUGGUAGCAGUUUAACAGUGUAGUGUGACAAUUACAUAAAUAACGUGCAAUUCACAGAACUGCGGUGUACACUUGUUGUUUUAUUAUGGUCCUCACUUGGAAAAUAUUGCUAUUUAUGUUGAGUUGAUCUUUGAGCUGCAACUAAAUAAAAAGUGAUCUGAAUGGAUGUGAAA